CUUCAUCACACACACACUUUUGACCACAAAACCAAGAUGCCCCUCCUCCAUCAGCUGAUAUUGUGAACCCGAGCAGGAAGUGUCUCUUGUGUCUAGCUCGAACAUGAGGAGGAGAAACUCUUUUACACGGAGCUACAGGGAUAUCAAACCGAGGUUUUGACGGAAAAGCACUGGGAGAUGGACAGUUGCAGAAAAGGACGACCGUGGGGCAAGCUGGUCAAAGUGGACUCCAGUGAAACUGUCCUGCUCUUCGACAGGGAAUACACAGUUGGCCGCAAAAAAGGGUGUUAUCUGUCCUUUCCAGCCAGUAAACUGGUCUCAGGGGAGCACUGUAGGAUUUUUCAAGAUGAAAGUUCAGGACUGGUGUGGCUUGAAGACAUGAGCACAAAUGGCACCGUGAUCAACAUGUCCAAACUGGUCAAGAAACAAACUCACAUGCUACAGAAUGGUGAUGUCAUCCACUUUGUAUACAGGAAAAGUGAGCCAGAACAAAACAUCGCCUAUGUUUAUCACGCAGUCAAACCGGAGCAAGCUAUUUCACAGCAUAGUUAUGACAUGGAGAGAUCAGCGCACGGUGCUGCUCCAGCCUCAGAGAUGUCACUCUCCGUGGAGCCUGUAAUGCUCACAAAGGCCCCUCAGGAUCUAAGUCAGGAGGAACCUCAGCCCUCCACCUCCCACUUCUGUAUUGAGACCCCGGCCAGUUCUGGUUCCAUGGCAACCGCCGCCUGUCCCGCCUCUGGCCAAGUCAAAGAUGCUGCCCCAGCACAGGAUCAAGAUGAGCUGGAGCCAGAAAGCAAGAGGAGGAGAAAAGCCGAUGAUAAGCAAUAUGAUUUGGGCUUUCCACACACCUCCAGUACAGAAGUGGGUGGUUCAGCUAAGGGAGAUCUUGGAAGUUUUUUGUCUAACCCACCAGCAGCAGGGGCUAAGACGGACAAAAUGGAGGAGACCCUGACGUGUGUUAUUUGCCAGGAUCUACUGCACGACUGUGUCAGCUUGCAGCCUUGCAUGCAUGUGUUCUGUGCUGCCUGCUACUCAGGCUGGAUGGAGCGAUCAUCUCUUUGCCCUACCUGUCGCUGCCCUGUGGAGAGGAUUGGUAAGAACCACAUCCUCAACAACCUGGUGGAGGCCUACCUCCUUCAGCACCCAGAAAAGUGUCGCAGUGAGGAGGAUCUGAAGAGCAUGGACAGCCGUAACAAGAUAACUCAGGACAUGUUGCAGCCAAAGGUUGAGCGCUCCUUCUCUGAUGAGGAGGGCAGCUCUGAUUACCUCUUUGAGCUGUCCGACAAUGACAGUGACUCCUCAGACAUUAGUCAGACACUAGAGAUGUGCAGGCAGUGUCCUGGCUACGUGAGGGAGGUCAGUCAGGUGCUGUUUGCUGCAAAUUCAAACCUCUGGCUCCCUGCUCUGCCGACUCCACCACUUAUACCACCUCCACCCAAGCCAGCAACUGAGGAGGCGUCUGCAAAGCCCACAGCAGAGCAGCCCUCAACAUCCUCAGAUAUCCCUUCAGCUGUAUCUGCUCAGGAGUACCACUGCCCCCCUCGUGGCAACCAUCUCAUCUGCCUCUGCUGCAUGCAGCCGAUGCCAGACAGACGGGCCGAGCAAAACAGCCAGCAGGUUGCUGCUCAACAAUGUGUGCUGUGCGAGCGUCCCUUCUGUCAUAUGUACUGGGGCUGCCAGGGGAUUCGCUGUCAAGGCUGCUUGGCUCGAUUUAGUGAGCUCAAUCUGACAGACAAAUGCCUGGAUGGUGUGCUAAACAGUAACAACUACGAAUCAGAGAUCCUGCAGAACUACCUGUCCUCCAGAGGGAAGUCAUGGAGAGAUGUACUUCAGGAGUCUUUGCAGGGCUUAGAGCAGGGAAGCUACUAUCUGUCAGAUUGCCGUAUCUCUGCGAACACCAUCCUGUGCCUCUGGUGUGGCCUGAGAGCAUUCAAGGAGCUGGCCUACAUUUACAGACAGAAUAUCCCUCCAUCUGAACUGCCAGCUGCUGUAACAUCUCGUCCUGACUGUUACUGGGGACGCAACUGUCGCACGCAGGUGAAGGUGCAUCAUGCAGUGAAAUUCAAUCACAUAUGUGAGCAGACACGUUUCAAGAACUGAAGGAGCACAGUGGCUUUUCUUCACCUGCCAGCUGUCAAAUGUAGAUAGUUCAGCAUCUCAUGCACUGAAGAGAGAGAGAGAGAGUCUUGUUAAACUUUAUGUCCAGUGGAGCUAACUGGCUUCCAGAUGUUAUGCAGUAACCUAAUGCAGAAAUUACAAUCAGUAUUCACUUACAAAUGAAAAUGUCUUACUUGACACAGGGAUGUGUGAAAUAAUGCUAUGCACGUUGGAGUUUAGUAAAGUUUCAAGCUGCUUAGUAUUUAAGGCCUGGUUGUGCAUUUAACAGCAGCCACCAUUUAAACAGUGACACAUUGUGUCUGUGUCUCAUUCAGGUAACCAGCUACAUUUUGAAGGUUUCUUUGUUUGGAUGAUGACAGUUAAUUGUUUUAGCCUGUGGAGCAAAAAAAUGUUUCCUUCUCAGAUUAAGAGCGAGUCAGGCAGUCUGUAUGGAUAUACACAGAAAACUGAGUACACCCCUGGUCCAUAUCACUCAAACGUUAAAUGAUUCAAAGACUUUAUAUUCUCACAAAAACUGUAUUACUUCCAAGAUGAAGUGUAGGGUGUUUGAUCAAAUAUAUCAUUAAAAACAUGAUAUAGUACAUUGACAAUCUCUGGCCUCAAAGUGCAAAGCCAGUGCAACAAAAGUCCACCUGUGGUUUCCAAUUAAGGCUAAUUGCAUGUACAAAGAUCUAAAUUAAUCUGUGAACACCACCACACCACUGUUUUCUCACUUUUGGCCCAGGAUGUGUCUAAAGGAACAUGCAAGACUAGUGACAUCCAUGUCCAAGAGGAUCAAGUCUGUCAUCACAAAUAAAGGCACAAUGCAAAAUAUUAAAACAGGAGUCUCAGUAAUGAUGUAUUGAUUAUGUUGUACUUUGUUCUUAAAUAUGAACCUAGUUUGAAUCUUUUUUUUUUUUUUGGCUUCACUAUAAACAAAACUGUAUAACACAUGAUCUGUAAUUUAACAUUUUUGUGAUAUUGACCAGGGAUGUACUCAGUUUUGUCAGUUUGCUGUGUACACUUACACAUGCUGGUGCACAUGUUUUAUAUUAUGUCCUUCUCUACUCUCUGUAAUUAAGGAGUAAAAGACCUUCCUUUAUUUAUAAUGUGUUUUAACAGUCUUAAGAACUGCUGUGUUUAGAAUCCAGGGCUCCCUACAGAGUAAUGGUGACAAAAACAUCUGGUGAAUAUCAUUAGAGAAACACUAAUGACAGUAAUUAGGGUAGUAUUAAAUACUUUGCAGCACCAUUUUGGGCCAAGACACAAUUAGCUUUGAAGAUCCUUACUGCUAACUUUAAACAAUAUUCGUAAGCGAACGUUCCAUCUCCAGUGGACUAUUCCUGUUUUGCAAGGGCAUUACUGUUUUCCCUGUCAUGGGCAGAAAGCCACAUCAAAGCCCCACACAGUGUGGUAUUUAUAUAAGAUUUCGUGUGUGUGGUGGGGCAUCGGAGUAUUGUAACGUUGUCUGAGGGCGCAGAGACCUCUGUUGUAUGCUUAGUUCUGGAUAAUCAUCUCCGAGGCGAUUAAAGUAGUGUAGAAGGGACACAUCCUCAUCACCUCUUAGCAGUGGCUAAGCUAUGAUUAAAAUAGACUCCAGUCCAAGCAACCAGCAGUGGCUAAGUCAGCUGAGGCUGCUGGUGCUUGUACUAUACUAUGUAGUGUUUCCAUACACUUGCGUAACAGCUGAGAGAAUCCUGCCAGUAAAAGCACACCAGUACAUUGUUGUUAAAAUAUAUGUGUGCUCCUAUUACAUAUGUUGUUGUUUACUUUGCAAGAAUUUUAAUCGGGGUUUAUUCAGAUUAGUUGAUCAGUGUAUUGAAAUUUGUUAAAAUUAGUUUUCUAGUUCCUUGUGUACAGGAAGCUGCUGUCUUGUUUUUAAGUUAAGGUUGGCCAUUUUUGGUAGCUAGUAAAGUUCUGUCAGCAUGUAAAUGCUGACAUUGAACAGUCAUGUUGAAUCUGAUGGGGGGGGUUCUUUCUAAUCACGUCUUUGGUAAUGCAAGUGCAGAAUAUUAUAAACUAAUGUGCAUUUCUGACAUAGUAACAAUAGUGGAUAUGGAUACACUGUGUUUUGUAAUGUAGCUCUUCAUAUUUUUGUUAAGUCUGGGUGGUUGUGAAUGGGAACAUUCCUGGCCCCUCCCUGAGCUUCUUAGUUAAUGUGUCUGUUAGCAAGGCGCUUUAGGUGUUUCUUUUAUUUAUUUUUUGUUACGCCCUCAGUCAUUGUGGGCCCACACUGGCAUUCCUUAGCGGCUCAGACCCUCAGUACAAGCCCAGUCGAUCCCCUGGUGGAGCGGCUGAGUUGUAAUUAUUCCCUGCAGGAAAGCUGGCCACCCUAAGCCAACAACGUUCUGCAGCCACUCCAAUCAAGAAAGGGUAUUAAAGAGGUUUUGGAGGAAUGCUUUGCAUUCUCCCUGUGUUGGUAUUGUGUUGUAUACAAAGACAAAAUAUUGACUCACUUUGCAAAAGUCUGGACCAAGCUGCUCAAAAGUAUGAAAGAGGCAGGUUUCAGUUCUACCUCAUCACAGCUUCCAGGUAUACGGAAGACGAGACGUGCAUCAGAGUCGCAUUGGUUCAAGGCUGGGCAUACAUUUCAAAAUGAGGGCUGGAAGUCUUUACUGAUGUCUGUAAACACGUGCAAUGCACUAUCUGAACAAGUGAUCUAGAUUAUAAUCAACCUCUAGUUAAAUCACUAUGGAGUAGCACUGGGCACAUACAGAAAUGUUUGCAUAUGCCUAGUGCUUAUUUUCUUUAAGUAUGACAAACGCUUGUUUAUCCUGUAUAUUGUAUUAACAAUGUUAAUGUCUGAAGUGUAUAUGGUUCUGAUUUGCCUGGUAAUCUUAAGAAAUUAAAAGACUAAUU